AUGGCCUGGCGGGGCACAGGGCCGCGCGUCCUGGGGGAGCCCGGGGGCGUCGGUCUCAGUCUGCGGCUGCUGCUGCUGCUGCUGCUCCUGGGGCCAGCACGGGGCUUCGGGGACGAGGAGGAGCGGCGCUGCGACCCCAUCCGCAUCUCCAUGUGCCAGAACCUGGGCUACAACGUGACCAAGAUGCCCAACCUGGUGGGGCACGAGCUGCAGACGGACGCCGAGCUGCAGCUGACAACUUUCACGCCGCUCAUCCAGUACGGCUGCUCCAGCCAGCUGCAGUUCUUCCUUUGCUCGGUGUAUGUGCCAAUGUGCACGGAGAAGGUCAACAUCCCCAUCGGCCCCUGCGGUGGCAUGUGCCUUUCGGUCAAGAGACGCUGCGAGCCCGUCCUGAAGGAAUUCGGAUUCGCCUGGCCGGAGAGCCUGAACUGCAGCAAAUUCCCCCCCCAGAAUGACCACAACCACAUGUGCAUGGAAGGGCCAGGGGACGAGGAGGUGCCCUUACCUCACAAAACCCCCAUCCAGCCCGGGGAAGAGUGCCACUCCGUGGGAACCAACUCCGAGCAGUACAUCUGGGUGAAGAGGAGCCUGAACUGCGUUCUCAAGUGCGGCUACGACGCCGGCCUGUACAGCCGCUCGGCCAAGGAGUUCACAGAUAUCUGGAUGGCCGUGUGGGCCAGCCUGUGCUUCAUCUCCACCGCCUUCACCGUGCUGACCUUCCUGAUCGAUUCGUCCAGGUUUUCCUACCCGGAGCGCCCCAUCAUAUUUCUCAGUAUGUGCUAUAAUAUUUAUAGCAUCGCUUAUAUUGUCAGGCUGACCGUAGGCCGGGAAAGGAUAUCCUGCGAUUUUGAAGAGGCAGCAGAACCUGUUCUCAUCCAAGAAGGACUUAAGAACACAGGAUGUGCAAUCAUUUUCUUGCUGAUGUACUUUUUUGGAAUGGCCAGUUCCAUCUGGUGGGUUAUUCUAACACUCACUUGGUUUUUGGCAGCGGGACUCAAGUGGGGUCAUGAAGCCAUAGAAAUGCACAGCUCUUAUUUCCACAUUGCAGCCUGGGCCAUCCCUGCAGUGAAAACCAUUGUCAUCUUGAUUAUGAGACUGGUGGAUGCGGAUGAACUGACGGGCCUGUGCUACGUGGGGAACCAGAACCUCGAUGCCCUCACGGGCUUUGUGGUGGCGCCCCUCUUCACUUACCUGGUGAUCGGAACUUUGUUCAUUGCUGCGGGCUUGGUGGCCUUGUUCAAGAUCCGGUCGAACCUUCAGAAGGACGGGACAAAGACAGACAAGUUGGAAAGGCUGAUGGUCAAGAUUGGGGUCUUCUCAGUCCUGUACACGGUGCCCGCAACCUGUGUGAUCGCCUGUUAUUUCUAUGAAAUCUCCAACUGGGCGCUCUUCCGGUUUUCUGCAGACGACUCCAAUAUGGCGGUUGAAAUGUUAAAAAUUUUUAUGUCGCUGCUGGUAGGCAUCACUUCAGGCAUGUGGAUUUGGUCUGCCAAAACUCUGCACACGUGGCAGAAGUGUUCCAACAGAUUGGUGAAUUCUGGGAAGGUAAAGAGAGAAAAGCGAGGGAAUGGUUGGGUGAAGCCUGGGAGAGGCAGCGAAACUGUGGUAUAAGGCUAGCUAGCCUCCACGCUUUCCAGAUUUUGAAGGGGGAAUGCCAGCAUUUCAGUGCAAAUGCUACUAAAAGCUUCAUGCAGCGAGUCUCAGUCUGAACAAACUAGCCACACUUCAGUGACCUCUUCCCCCCGCCCCCUCCGCCAACCCACAACCCACCGCUACUCUCCCUCCCCUCUCCCCCCAGCAUCAUAAAACAGAUGAUUUUGCUGCAAACUUUUGGAAUGAUCCAAAAUGGAAAAGCCAGUUAGAGGCUUUCAAAGCUGUGAAAAAUCAAAACAUUGAUCACUUUAGCAGGUCGCAGCUUGGAGCGUGGAGGUCCCGCCUAGAUUCCAGGAGGUCCAGGGCGAUGCUGCUUUUCCCUGCAGGAUGGGAUUUGAGCUGUGAGUAGACAACUUGCAGGGAGAAAGAUUAACUUUUUUAACCCUUUAAAAAUUUAAAUACUAACUGGGUCUUUCAGAUAGCAAAGCAAUCUAUAAACACUGGAAACCCUGGGUUCAGAGAAGUGUUACAAGAGUUUUAUAGUUUGGCUGAUCUAACAUAAACAUUUUCUGCGGUGCACUAUCUGCUGUUUAGAACUCUGGAUUGCUCUCCCAAGAGGUGGUGUCAGAAUCUUUCAGUGCCUUUGUCAUAAAACAGAAUUGUUUGAACAAACAAAAGUACUGUACAAACACACAUAAGGUAUCCAGUGGAUUUUUCUUCUCUCUCUUCCUCUUAAAUUUCAACAGCUCUGCGCUGGGCUGCUGCUGUUUUCCCCCUUUUACGUUAAUGACUCAAAAUAGGUAUUUUUAUAGGAAUUUUUGCACUGCAGCAUGCCUAAUGAGGGGGAAAGGAAGGGCGAUUCACUUUCUGACAAUCACUUAAUUCAGAGGAAAAUGAGAUUUACCAAGUCGACUUACCUUACCCGCCCCAGAGACCUAUUGGUUGAGCCAUGGGGACUUAAUAUAUUUUACUUUGUGUGAUUGCAUCUAUGCAGACGCCAGUCUGGAAGAGCUAAAAUGUUAAGUUUCUUGGCAACUUUGCAUUCACACAGAUUAACUGUGUAAUUUGUGUGUGUCAAUUACAAUUAAAAGCACAUUCUUGGACCAUGACAUAAUAGUUACUCAACUGACUUUAAAACUAUGGUCAGCUUGCAUUCUCAGAAUGAUAGUGCCUUUUUUUUUUUUUUUUUUUUUCCUCUCUCUCUUUAGCAUAAGAAUGUUAUCAGAGUCUGGUCUACUUACCACUGUGGAGAAUUUUUCCAUUUUGUAGAGGGAGCUAAGGACAGCUAAUCCAACUACUUGGUGCAUAAUUGUUUCCUAGUAAUUGGCAAAGGCUCGGUGUAAGAUUUCAUUGGAGGCAGUGUGGCCUGGAGUAUUUAUAUGGUGCUUAAUGAAUCUCCAGAAUGCCAGCCAGAAGCUUGAUUGGUUCGUAGGGAAUAAAGUGUAGACCGUAUGAAAUGAGCUGCAAACUCUAACGGCACAGGUCUUAAUUGCCUCUUGCGGAGGUAUCCAGAGCUUUUAAAAAUUAUGCUUUACGUGCCUCACAAGGGGGUACCCCCUAGCGGCCUCUCCAAAGUUGCAGUCCUUUUAAAAUUGUAACUGGCCUUUCCCCUAACCCGCCUUAGGCCUUCUAAUCACCACAUCUCUGGGACAAAUUGUGGACGAUGUCGAUGUCGCAGGUUGCUGUCCUUGAAGUUCAUACCUGUCUUUGCUUCAGCAACUCCUCUGCGAUGACUCACUCAUUUAUUUAUUCAUGCCCUUCCCUCUGCUCUAAAACAGGUAGGAAAGCGCUCUUACCAAAUUUCUUUGUGGAAAAGUAUUUCCAGGGACCCCAAAUCCCAAAUAGGAGUUCCAGUUCUAGAAAUGAGCAUGGGGUUUUUUUGGUGUGUUUGGGCCUUGCGCCCCCGGUGGAACAUUUGCCUCCUUCUCUUCUCUGUUUGGGCUGGCUUCUCGAGCUGAGAUGAAGGUGCAGGUGAGGUGUGUUGCGUGCUUUGGAAGGGCCAGUCUUGGGGGCUUCAGGUGCAGACACUUAAGUGAGCACGGGUGGCCCCUGCUGUGUGUGCUGAGCCUGGCUGGACUCUGGGGCAGGGCUCCAGGAACAUGAGAAGCGAUCUCCAGAAGGACCAGUUGAACUCCAUCAGAGACCAGGUCGCCUAUGAAAUGUAGCAUGUGACCGGCCUGUGCUGCCUGGAGACGGUUCCCAUAGCUGGCCAGGGCCCCGGAGCCUGCACCCAGGGGCAGAGCCUGCCCUUACUCACGCUCCGCUCCAGUGUCUUGGGAGUUGUGCGGCGACUCCGGCCCAGGAAAGGGGAAGGAGGACCAGGCAGCUGGGUGCUGGCCUGGCUGUUGGCGUGUAGGGCUUCGUGAUGCAGUUCUUGGAAUGUUUCCGUGACUGUGUGACCAAGGCAGCACCUAGCAGCGGGCCAGGCACAGAACGGGUGCUCUACUAGUAAUGAUGAGUUCUUGGGUGGACCCGGACGCCUGAGUUCUGGAGCUUGCUGUGUUGCAACAUGUCCUUUCCGUACAUCUCUCGCCUUCUCAGGGGAAGUAUGUUUGCUCGGAAGUGGCCAUGGGUGCAGACUGGAUGCGUAGCCUUGGCGAUGUCACAGGGUUAUCGGCUGUUCCUUUCACAUUCCAGACCCUGGAGAGUGUUAACGGUUUCAGGAAAGGAGCUUUGUGGCUGAGGCGUCAGUUACCAGUUCCCUUGAAGUGACUCCGUCACCUCUUAAGUUGGUAUCUGUUAAAAAAAAAAAAAAAAA